AUUAACAAAACUUUGGUAUACAGUUUUGAGAAAAAUUGGGGGCAUUUCAGCAAACACUUUGCCUAAUCUUAAUCUAAUAAUGUACUGAUGUUCUGUUACGUUAAUUAUCCAAAUAUGCUGCGUACUUUCUAACUUGCUACGAAAAGUUAAUUUGGACAAAAACAGUAUCCCUUCUAGACAAAUCCGUGCCUUCCCGCGUCUGGGACAACUACUCUCAUUGUUAAACGGGGACACGACUAGCUUCCCGUUGCUGGCAGUAUAUAGUUAGCUUGGUUAUUAUUCUAUGCUAAUGAGUCUGAGGGCAACAUGGCUACAUCUUACAACACGUACCAGUCAGAAACAACAUCGAUUAUGGCCGUUGUCGUCGAGGCGGCAAUUACAGAAAUUAACAAACUUUGGCCAAACUCUUACGCUAACGUUAGCAAUCCGGAGAGAGAGCUUUGCACAAUUAUGAAUCUGAUGAUGGAUGAGGCUAUUCGUAAAAUCUGCCAACUAUUCCUAGUGGCUUCCUCGAGUUUACAAAAUGAGAACGUGAAACUGAAGACCAAGGUGGAGCAGAUGACCCAGUUGUUUGAAAACAAUACACCGCCUGGUAAAAGACGUCCCAAGGAACUGGAUCGCAUGGACCACCAUAUAUUGGUAGACUUAUUUGACCAAUUAAGUCCUGCGAAGGUUUACUGUAAAUCCACAGAGACAUCUUCAUUGGAGAAUGACUCCUCUCUGGGAGACACAGAUGGACUGAAUACAGACCCCUCACCAAGAGACAGUGAAUCCAACGUUGAGCACAUGAGAGCUGCUCUGCCAGGGAGCAACGAGAGAGACGGCCAUGAAAGCCAGAAACACAACAAUACUACUAAAGGGACACGAUCCAAAGAAACCAAACGCUUCAAGUGUGAUAUUUGUGAGAAGACCUUUAGCCGGAACAAACGGCUGAUACAACACAAGCUAACUCACACAAGACCCUUCAAGUGUGAUGUAUGUGAAAAGACCUUCAGCAUGGAAGGGUCACUGGAAUCUCACACGCUAACUCACACAAGACCCUUCAAGUGUGAUGUUUGUGACAAAACCUUCAGCCGGAACCGCUUGCUGGUACGUCACAAGCUAAUUCACACAGGAGAAAGGCCAUUCGCUUGUGGUCAAUGUGGCAAAACAUUCAGAAUGUCUAAGCAGCUCGAACAUCACAUGUUGCGUCACAGAGAGAAAACGUUCAGUUGCAAAAUCUGUGGAAAUACAUUCUCUACCAAGAAAGAUCUGAAACGACAUCAGCUUGUUCAUGCAGUGGAGAGGCCGUUCAAGUGCCUGACUUGUGACAAGGGUUUCACAUCAAGAAAACUGCUUAUUGAGCACGAGAGAAUCCACACUGGUGAAAAACCAUACAGCUGUGCUGUGUGUGGGAAGAGUUACACACAGAGUGGUGGCCUGAGUUAUCAUAUGCGAACACAUACAGGUGAACGUCCACAUUCAUGCUCAGAGUGUGGUAAGCGCUUUAUGACUAAAUCCAGCCUUGAAAGACACAAGGUAAUCCAUACAGGGCAGAAGCCAUUUACAUGUGAGACAUGUGGAGCUGCUUUCGGCCAUAAAGGAAACCUUGUGAGACACCAAGUGCUUCACACAGGGGAGAGACCAUACAAAUGUAAAUUGUGUGGGACAAGCUACCUUCAGUCCACCCUCUUAAAAGCUCACAUGCACCGUCAUGGGGCAACCAAACCAUUUAUGUGUGACCUAUGUGGGAAGACUUUUAUGUACAAUUUUCUAAUGAGACGACACCAUCUAAAAUGGCACACAGCUGAAGGAGAGAAGCAGAAAGAACGAGAGAGAAAAGAGAGAACGAGAGAGAGAACCGCCAGGAGAGCGGGAACCUCAACAAAGCCAUUCAGUUGUGACAUAUGUUUGAAUGGCUUCAGUUCCAUGCUAACUCUGAAAAACCAUCAACGAAUUCACACUGGACAAAAGCAAUACUCUUGUUCCAUUUGCAGAAAGACCUUUGCCUAUAAAAAUACUUUUGACUAUCACAUGAGACUUCACAGUGGGGUGAAGCCCUACCCUUGUAAAUACUGUGAAAAGAAAUUUGUUCUUAAGCAAGCUCUAGAAGGACAUGAGCGAACCCAUACAGGUGAAAAGCCCUUCAAGUGCAGUUAUUGUGACAAGACUUUCUCAGUCGGCACCAAUCUCAAAAGGCAUGAGCGAGUCCACACAGGAGAGAAGCCAUUCAAAUGUGACGUCUGCGGGAGAGGUUUCGGCCAAGCCAACAACGUCAAAGCCCACAUGCAAGUCCACACUGGAGUUAGGCCUUAUUAUUGCAAGAGAUGUGGAAAGGGCUUUUCUGACAUAAGACACUACAAAAACCAUAGCUGUAAUGGUGUGGCAGCAACACGUGAUCGGUCUCGUAAAUCUUCAGACCGCUCUUUCAGAAAUAAGAAAGGAGGUGAAGACAGCAGUGCCUGCCAUAAUGCUGCUGUGAUGUCGACUCAGUGAUAUGAUCUCUAUCAUUCACAGUGGGGCAACUUCCUGCUUUCAGACAUCAGGAACAACAUGGAUGUAUUCAGUAGGGUGAGAAGUUCUCGGGUGAGUUUCAAGAAAGCCUUGUAGAAAAUGAGAUGCAGGCCACCAUAAUGCUUGGAAAGUUUAUGGUCAAUGUUCAUUCUCAUAGAGGCAUUGUUUAUUUCUGACAGUAUGCCGAAUUGGUUCCGAUAUGUUAUUUUUUUCUAUUGUGUAAAUCAUUAAAUGUAAUUUGUGUGAAAGUAUCAA